AUGCAUUUACUGCCGCGUGAGCGCGAUAAACUAUACUUGCGCGCCAUUGGGCUGCUUGCGCAGCAGCGACUGUCGCGCGGGAUGCGACUCAACGUAACAGAGGCCAUUGCACUUUUGUCGUGUGUGCUUCAUGAGCGCAUUCGCGACGGGACCAACACAGUCGCCGCCCUUAUGCAGCACGGCAAAACCAUCCUUGGGUUCCGGCACGUCAUGCCUGGUGUCGCACAGAUCCUGCACGAUGUCAUGGUCGAAGGCACCUUCUUGGAUGGCACAUUCCUGGUCACGCUCACCGAUCCGAUCUGCACGCCAAACGGAAACUUGGAGGCGGCCAUGUACGGCUCCGGCAUCCCUCCCCCGGACUCGAACCUGUUUCCCCGGCUCGUCGGCCCCGAAGGCCCCGUACCUGGCGAGGUGAUUGUUGAUCCCAAGGCGAGUCCCAUUGUUACAUUUCCCGAGUACUCGCGCGUAUACGCAAGAAUGACCAACACGGGCGACCGCGCCGUGCAAGUCGGCUCGCACUACCCGCUCUUGAAAGUGAACCGCGCCAUGGUGUUUCCACGCGAGCUUGUAGAAGGGCGCAAGCUUGACAUUGCCGCUGGCACCGCGAUCCGAUUUGAGCCAGGCGACUCGAAACAGGUCGUGCUGGUGGAUACGGCCUCCCGGCACAAUAACGCGGAGCUUAAAGAGCGCGUGAAGCAAGAGAUCCAGCUGGAGAAGCCUGCGCUCUUUACCAUGUCCCGCGAACAGUAUGCAUCCAUGUACGGCCCCACGGUCGGCGAUCGCGUGCGCCUUGCAGACACGGAUCUGUGGGCGGUGGUGGAAAAAGACUUUGCCGUUUACGGCGACGAGUGCUGUUUCGGCGGCGGAAAAGUCCUGCGCGACGGGAUGGGCCAGGCGACGGGAUGGCCGUCGCGCUACGUGCUGGAUACGGUGGUGACCAAUGCACUGAUCAUUGACUACACAGGGAUUGUCAAGGCCGAUAUUGGCAUCAAGGACGGGUACAUUGUGGGCAUCGGCAAAGCUGGCAAUCCAGACACGAUGACGGGCGUCACGCCCAGGAUGGUGGUGGGUUCCUGCACCGAGGUAAUCGCCGGCGAGGGCAUGAUUGUCACCGCUGGCGCACUCGACUCCCACACGCACUUUUUGUCUAUGGACAUGGUCGAAGAGGCGCUCGGCAGCGGUACAACAACCCUCAUUGGCGGCGGCACAGGCCCCUCGGCUGGAUCGCGCGCGACUACUUGCACGCCUGGCCCCUGGCACAUCCGUACCAUGUUCCACGCCACCGACACGAUGCCAAUCAAUGUUCUCCUCACCGGAAAAGGCAACGACUCGAGCCCCGCACCACUCAUCGAGCAAGUCGCCGCGGGAUGUGGCGGCCUGAAAGUGCACGAAGAUUGGGGCGCGACGCUGGAUGUGGUUAAUACUUGCCUAGAGGUGUGCGAUACAUACGAUAUUCAGUGCACGAUCCACACCGACUCGCUGAAUGAGUGUGCGUUUGUCGAAGAUACAAUCCGGGCAUUCAAUGGGCGCUCCAUUCACACGUACCAUUCCGAAGGCGCUGGCGGCGGCCACGCUCCUGAUCUGAUCCGUGUAUGCAGCGAGCCGAACGUGCUGCCUUCGUCGACAAAUCCGACGCGCCCAUACGCAGUCAACACGCUGGACGAGCAUCUGGACAUGCUGAUGGUGUGCCACCACUUGUCUAAAAAUAUUGCCGAAGACGUAGCCUUUGCAGACUCGCGCAUCCGCGCCGAGACGAUCGCCGCCGAGGAUGUGCUGCAGGAUUUGGGCGCGAUUAGCAUGAUGAGCUCUGAUUCGCAGGCCAUGGGGCACGUUGGUGAGGUCAUCUCGCGCACUUGGCGCACUGCUCACAAGAUGAAGGUCGAACGCGGCCCUUUGCGCACCAAAACGCUCGAGCGCGACACACAAAUUCGAGAUAAUGAGCGCAUCAAGCGCUACGUGGCAAAGUAUACUAUUAACCCCGCCAUUUCGCACGGUAUUAGCCACGUUAUUGGGUCUGUGGAGGUGGGAAAGCUCGCUGAUCUGGUCCUGUACCGCCCGGACAACUUUGGCACGCGCCCGGAAAUGAUUAUCAAGGGAGGACAAAUUGCCAUGGCCAACAUUGGCGACAACAACGGAAGUAUCCCGACUGUACAGCCCAUCUAUUUGCGCCGCACCUGGGGCUUCCAGCCCGGCUGCGCCGCCCGCAACAGCGUCAACUUUGUGAGCAAGGCCAGUAUGCCGACUAUGGCCACCUAUGGGAUCCAGAAGCACUGCAUUCCUGUCGAGGGGUGCCGCAAGCUUACAAAACAGGACAUGAAACUGAACACCGCAUUGCCUACGAUCGAAGUUGACCCAGAGACGUACGACGUAUACGCAGACGGCCAUCUCUUGUCGAUGCUACCGGCUACAGAACUUGCAAUGACACAAGGCGCUUGCGUUUUUUAA